AUGACAACUGAUUUUUUUUCAUCCUCCGAAGAUGAUUUACCGAUUCGUUUAUUUGUUAAACCGUUUCAGUUGAUAUUCGCUCGGAAGGGAAGGGGCAGCUUGUGGCCCGCAUUGAAAUUGGGCAAAUCGGUAAAUUCCGAGGAAGGAUAUCGGGUGUACUACUUUCGAAAUAAGAAUACCUGCGAUGCCAAAGUGGAAAACGUGAUUAGCGAUUUUAGUUUUUUAAUAGACGAAGAGGUUAGUUUCAAAUGCGAUGGCGUGAAAAAAGGUAUUAUUCGAAGAAUCGAGGAGAAAAAUGUGGUGCCUCAUUUUUUCAUAACGGGUCACAAAAAUAAAUUGUAUAAAGUUCUGUACAAUGAUGUGUACUUGAAUCAGCGACAGGCGAGGUAUUUGUUGAAGAAAUACUCUGUAAAGAAUUGCGAUGUUGAUUUUAAUGAUUUUUGA